AUGGGCGCCUGUUUUAGCAAGAAAAAUCGUCAUCCCUCAAAUUCCAAUGGCUAUAGAUCUUCCAAACAACAAAAUUACCACCCGGUUUCUGAAAGUUACGAAAAACCCACAUCAAACUACACUCAACCUCAACACGAAACCCAUCAACAUCACCACCAUCACCACCAGCAACAACCUCCGCCGCCACAGCCACAACAAGCACCACCACCACCAAAUCCAGCACCGCCACCUCCAAACCCUAGACCCUCUCAGGGUUCCGAUCCUAAUACCAUUUUGGGGAAGCCAUUUGAAGACAUAAGAAGACACUACACACUCGGAAAAGAAUUGGGUAGAGGUCAAUUUGGUGUAACUUAUCUUUGUACUGAGAAUUCAUCUGGUCAUACCUACGCUUGUAAAUCAAUCCUGAAAAGGAAGCUUGCAAGCAAGAACGAUAAAGAGGAUAUCAAGAGAGAGAUUCAGAUCAUGCAACAUUUGAGUGGUCAACCAAAUAUCGUUGAGUUUAAAGGAACUUAUGAAGAUAGACAAUCUGUUCAUCUUGUUAUGGAGCUUUGUGCAGGUGGUGAGCUUUUUGAUCGGAUUAUAGCUCAGGGACAUUACACUGAGAAAGCUGCAGCUACAAUUUGUAGGCAGAUUGUGAAUGUUGUUCAUGUGUGUCAUUUUAUGGGUGUGAUGCAUAGGGAUCUCAAGCCUGAAAAUUUCUUGCUUUCUAGUAAGGAUGAAAAUUCAAUGUUGAAAGCAACAGAUUUCGGGUUGUCCGUAUUCAUCGAAGAAGGGAAGGUGCAUCGAGACAUAGUUGGUAGUGCAUAUUAUGUUGCCCCUGAAGUAUUGAGGCGUAGUUAUGGGAAAGAAAUAGAUAUUUGGAGUGCAGGGGUAAUGUUGUACAUUUUACUAAGUGGUGUUCCUCCAUUUUGGGCAGAGACUGAAAAGGGUAUAUUUGACGCGAUAUUAGAAGGGGUUAUUGACUUUGAAAGUCAACCAUGGCCCUCGAUUUCAAGGAGUGCAAAAGAUCUUGUUCGUAAAAUGUUGACACAAGAUCCAAGAAAGAGAAUCACUUCAGCUCAAGUUCUUGAGCAUCCAUGGCUCAGAGAAGGUGGAGAGGCAUUAGACAAGCCAAUCGAUAGUGCUGUACUUUCAAGAAUGAAGCAAUUUAGAGCAAUGAAUAAGCUCAAGAAGCUUGCUUUGAAGGUGAUUGCAGAAAGUAUGUCUGAAGAAGAAAUAAAAGGUCUGAAAGCAAUGUUUGUGAACAUGGACACAGAUAACAGUGGCUCAAUCACUUAUGAGGAACUAAAGUCAGGACUUGCUAGGCUUGGCUCCAAGCUUUCAGAAGCUGAAGUUAAGCAACUCAUGGAAGCUGCUGAUGUGGAUGGAAAUGGAACAAUCGACUACAUUGAGUUCAUAACUGCUACCAUGCACAGGCAUAGACUUGAAAGGGAUGAGCAUUUAUACAAAGCCUUCUGCCAUUUUGACACCGAUAAUAGCGGGUAUAUCACCAUGGAUGAACUAGAGAAAGCCAUGAAGGAAUAUGGCAUGGGAGAUGAAGCUACCAUCAAGGAUAUCAUUUCUGAAGUGGAUACCGAUAAUGAUGGAAGAAUCAACUAUGAGGAGUUCUGCGCAAUGAUGAGAAGUGGAACUACUCAUCAAACCAAGCUCUUUUAAUGCUCUUUUAUUAGAAUGAAAUAUAAUAGUAGCGUUUGUUCAUGAAAAAUCAUAUCAUAUUAUUAUUAUUAUUAUUAUUAUUAUUAUUAUUAUUAUUAUUAUGUAGAUGAUAAGAUGAGGCUUGUUUUGUGUAUUUUUUU